AUGGCUGAUUAUAUGAAACUUUUACAACAUCUUUAUAAUGAUCCAGAUUCCCCUGCCGCCUUUUCAGGAGUUGAUAGAUUAUGGUAUGAGGCUAGAAAAAUUCUUAAACAUUUACCUAGAAAAGUUGUGCAAGAUUUUCUAGAGGGACAUCGAACGUAUACUCUUAUGCGUCCCAAGAGAAUACAUUAUCCUCGAAGUAAAACCGUGGCUGCUGGAUUUAUGACAGAUGUUCAAGUUGAUUUGGCGGAUUUCCAAUCAUUAUCCAGACACAAUAAAGGAAAUAGAUAUUUACUUUUGGGAAUUGAUGUCCUUUCAAAAAGAGUUUUUGGGGUACCUGUCAAGUCUAAAAAGAUUGAUGACAUGUUAGAAGCAUUUAAACAAUUAAUUGAACAAAUGCCUAUGAAGCCACAUAGAAUAUUUUCCGAUAAAGGAUUAGAAUUUAAAAAUAAACAACUAAAAGAAUUUUUUGAAAAAGAAGAAAUUGAAAAGUUUGAAGCUACCCAUUCAAUAGUUAAAGCUUCGCUUGCGGAGCGUGCAAUUAGAAAUGUUAAACAACGAUUAUAUCGAUAUUUUGCUCAUUACAAAACACUAAAUUGGGUUGAGAUUUUACCAAAAAUUUUGGAAGGAAUAAAUAAAGCAAAGAGUCGGGUUCAUGGAAUGAGACCUAUUGACGUAAAUUUUCAAAAUGCUCAAGCGGUGUGGAAAAGGAUUUAUGGUGAUGAAUUAUCUACAAAAAUUAAAAAGGCAAACCCCAAAUUUAAAAAAGGAGAUUUUGUACGUACAAGUAUAAAUAAAGGGACAUUUGAAAAAGGAUACAUUCCAAAUUGGGGGGAUGUAAUAGCGGAAGUUGACAAAGUCAAAGACAAUUCUAGACCAAUUCGUUACAAAUUAAUAGAUGAUAAAGGAGAUAAGUACAAGGGAUCUUAUUACAACGAAGAACUUACAAAAGUAAAAAAAGAUGCAGGUACAGAGUAUAGGAUUGAGAAGAUUUACCAAAAAAGAAAACGGGCAGACGGAACCUAUGAAGUACUUGUAAAAUUCAUUGGUUAUCCCGAGAGGGAAUGGAUACAUGAGAAUCAAUUAGUAUAA